GAGCGAGAUGGAGUUAGGAUGGGAUGGGAGAGAUAGGCUACGUACAGAGCACACAGCUACUACGCCUAAAAAUCCCACCGAGACUCCACACAAAAGCUGUGCAACUCUGUUUUUUUUCUUUUCUUGUCAUUUUCUGAAACCAUCGUGCCAAAAGUGCAUGCAGCAUUGCAAUGGUUAUCCAAAAGACCACGAUUUUGCGCGACUUCUGCUUUUUACCUGAACGUCAGUAGCCACGCCGAGAUGAAGUUCGGCAAGAAUAUAUGCAUCUUAAACGUCGGCGGCACCAAAUACGCGUUCACCCGCGAAGUGAUCAAGGAUUUCCCACUCCGCAGAGUAAGCCGCUUGCACAGCUGCUCGUCGGAGAAGGAAGUGCUGGAGGUGUGCGAUGACUACGACCGGGAACGGAACGAGUUCUUUUUUGACCGUCACUCCGAGGCGUUCGUGUUCAUCAUGCUGUACGUGCGCUCGGGGAAGCUGCGCUUCGUGCCGCGGAUGUGCGAGCUCUCCUUCUACAACGAGAUGGUAUACUGGGGCUUGGAGAGCUCGCAUCUGGAGUUUUGCUGUCAGAGACGCCUGGAUGAUCGCAUGUCCGACACGUACACGUACUUCUCGGAUGAGGACGGUAGAGCCGAUGAAGAGUCUCGAGUGGGCGACGAAGAGUCCGACGCGAGGGGCUCGUGCGCGGAGCGCGCAAACCCGGGCUGGCUCGAGCGCAUGCGGAGGACCUUCGAAGAGCCCGCGUCGUCCGUGGCCGCGCAGAUCCUCGCCUCGGUCUCCGUGAUUUUUGUCAUCAUCUCAAUGGUCAUCCUAUGUGCCAGCACUUUGCCCGACUGGGACACUGCAAAGAACAACACCGUAGAGGAGCACAGGAUCAUUGAAGCGGUAUGCAUUGGCUGGUUUACCGCUGAGUGCAUAGUGCGUUUUAUUGUCUCACGGGACAAAUGUGAGUUUGUACGCCGGCCUCUGAACAUCAUCGACCUCCUGGCUAUAACACCUUACUAUGUAUCAGUGGCCAUGACAGCCCUGACUGGGGAAAACCCGCAGCUUCAAAGAGCAGGAGUCACACUGCGUGUGCUCAGGAUGAUGCGCAUCUUCUGGUUAAUUAAGUUGGCGCGCCACUUCCUUGGCCUGCAGACUCUGGGGCUGACACUGCGUCGUUGCUACCGCGAGAUGGUCAUGCUGCUGGUGUUUGUGUGUGUUGCCAUGGCCAUCUUCAGUGCUCUUGCUCAGCUCCUGGAGCACGGGCUGGACCUGGAAAGCAGCAAUGAGGACUACGCCAGCAUCCCGGCAGCGUGCUGGUGGGUUAUUAUCUCCAUGACCACCGUAGGCUAUGGAGACAUGUAUCCCAUCACAAUGCCGGGCCGCGUGCUGGGUGGUGUGUGUGUUGUGAGUGGCAUUGUGCUCCUGGCUCUCCCAAUUACCUUUAUCUACCACAGUUUUGUGCAGUGCUACCACGAACUCAAAUUCCGCUCAGCACGCUGCGUGCGAAGUCUCUCUGCUGAGUUUCUCAACUGAUAUAGGUUUCUCUGGGACAUAUUGGUCCAUAGCCCAGCUCAUCUGAUCUUUCUGUGCCUUUGUUUUGAAACCUUUAUCAGCCUCAUGAACGGUAAGAUAAACUUUAGACAUAAUGAUCUCAUCUACAAAGAAAAUGACUACUAAUGACUACUUAAAUGCAGCAUCUCUCCAUUCUGAAAACAAGUACCUCAGACAACUGUGAUAUAUAUACUUUAAAAAAAUACAAAGAGUGCCAAUCUGCAUAGCACACAGUUAUCAAAACAACCCAAAGGAACUUCAUAAGCCAGUGUUUGCAUUAUAACCCCAUUUCUGUAAAAAAAAAAAAAAAAAAAGAAAGAAAGAAAGAAAGAAAGAAACAAUGAAACUGACCCAAAGAGACAGAGUUUCCUGUGUUUGGUGAUAUUUAAAAAGAAAAAUUGUGGCAAUAGCCGGCACCAGAUGGCAUGGCUGUCUGUGAGGGCCGUCUGGCAAGCCCUUUUAGGGUCUUGACAGUUCUCUGGACCUUUGUUGGAUUUUGCUUAAAUGCCUUGGCUUUACAAACAGAAACACUUUGUUCCCAUGUAGAAAGUUCUCCAGCUUGAUACAUCAAUCACAUCAAUUUGGAUUUGAAAUCACUCCAGAAAUGACGUUUGUUAGAACAGAGAGGGACCACAUAGGAACGAAAUUAAUAAUAAGGACUGAAGGGAUAGUGUGAAAAGAUUAGGGGGAAAAACAUUCAGCAUGUUGUAGUCCAAGUAGAUAAUGCUAUAAUUGAGACAAAAUACAGUCAGUGUUGCAGGCUCAUUAUGAAGAUCAGAUCCUUAACUUCAAGACACAAACAUCAGACGUUUAGCUACACAAGGAUAAAGCCACCACCUGCCCAUAUCUCAAUCGAAGAAAAUGACUGUGUGGACCGAGAGGUGUUAACCAAAUUGAUUAGCAAACACCUCACCCACACACUCAGCAGCCAGAGAGCUGUCACUCUCCUCCCCCUUCACUAUACACACAGCAAGCACAAAAGCUAGUGUCUUUCUAUCCCUGUGUCCUGUCUAUUCUGUUGUUAAGGGUUUACUAAAAUCAAUUACACAGUUCUUGUACCUGUAGAUUAGUUUUGCUUGAUAGUAUCAAAUGAAAUGUUGGAGCAAAAUCUUAGAUGGAAUGGCACGUAAUUAAUGACACAUCCAAUAGUUUGUCAAAAAAACGUUAUAAAUGUUUGCUUUGCUUGGUAAGUGGAAAAAAUCUGAAACAGAAAGAAAGGACAGAAAAGUUGAUCCUGCACAUUUAUGAUGUAGUUAAUAUUACCCAGUGAGCACCAUCUGUCUGGAUACAUGCAUGGACACUGGACUGUCCUGGCUGUAAGAGGUCAGGGAUUCAAGCUAAGAUUUUGCUGGUCCUAUU